AUGCUGCUCAACAACACGACGCGGGGCUUCCUGUGGUCGGACGCGGAGACGAGGACGCUGCUGAACAUCUGGGGCGAGCAGGACGUGCAGGAGGCGCUCGACGGCAACUUCCGCAACAGCUUCGUCUACCGCGACGUGUCCCGGCGGCUGGCGGCGAUGGGGUUCGAGCGCACGCCGGAGCAGUGCAGGGUGCGGAUCAAGAGCCUCAAAAGGCAGUACUUGCUCGCCAAGGAGGGCAAUCUGCGCAACAACAGGCAGUACCACAAGAUCGCCAAGUUCUACGACACCAUGGAGAGGAUCCUGAGCAACCGGCCCGCCCUUGACCCCCAAGAGUUCAUCGACGGCGGGCCGGGAGGGGAGGAGGCCGUGGACGGCUUGGACGAGGAUGCGGAUGACGCUCAGGACGGGUACUCCGAGACGACUGGAGACUGCCCCUUCCCAGCAGAGACUGAAGUCAAGAUGGAGUACCCCAGCAUCCCCAUCCCCAUCCCGGUUAAAGUCACAGUGGGCAACAACAGUUCGUCGGAAAGACCUCCAAACUGCAGCCAGUUGGCGGCCAACUGCUCGGCCUCCACGCCCAAGCAGAGGCGGCGGCGGCGGGCUAACUUCCCCAUGGAGCGGCUGAUGGAGCAGUUCCUGAAGCAGAGCUCGCAGGCCGAGGACAACUUCUACCGCAUGGAGGAACGCCGCCUGCAGGCGGAGGACAACCGGCGGGAGGCAGAGCACGCCAGGGAGCUGCACAUGCUCCAGAUGCUCGGGCAGAUGUUCUCCAACAUCGCCUCCGGCAGGCCGGGCUCGGCGGCGGCGGCGGCGCCGCCCCCUCCUCACUCCAAGACCGCCGUGCCCGCCCACGCAUCCGCCUUCUCCCAAGUCUUGCCGUCGUUUACAAGCCGCCAGCCCUCGCCCCCGAGAGACAGUUGGGUCAAGCAGGGUCAGCUGUUGAAGUCGGACCCUCACCCAUUAGUGUUUGAGCGGCGCUACAGCCUGGCCCCGACGUCCGAGGGGGGCAUGGAGGAGCACGUCCUGUCCCUCGUGAGGAAGAUCGUCCCGCCGCUGUCCGGCAAAAAGCACAAAGGGCAAGACGGCCGGAUCGGGAUCGUCGGCGGCUGCCAAGACUACACUGGAGCGCCCUACUUUGCCGCCAUUUCUGCAUUGAAAGUGGGUGCUGACUUGUCCCAUGUGUUCUGCACCAAAGACGCCGCGGCUGUAAUCAAAUCCUACAGCCCUGAGCUCAUAGUUCACCCUGUCCUCGACAGUCCUAACGCAGUGGAGGAGAUUGAAAAAUGGCUCCCGAGACUGCACAGCCUUGUGGUGGGACCGGGCCUCGGGAGAGAGGACUUCUUAUUAAAAACAGCAAAGGAGGUGAUAGAAAAGUCCAAAGCAAGAGAUAUUCCAAUCGUAAUCGAUGCGGACGGCUUGUGGCUGGUCACAAAGCAGCCGUCCGUUAUUCAAGGCUACCAAAAGGGCAUCAUCACGCCCAACUUCAUGGAGUUCACGCGACUCUACGAGACGCUGCAACACAAGGCCGUGGACGGCGUCGAUCACCGUAGCGGCGUCCUGCAGCUGAGCGAAACGUUGGGGAACGUCACCGUCUUGCUCAAAGGAGAGAAGGACCUCAUUGCCGAUGGCAGCACCGUGGUCGCAUGCAGUACAGAGGGCAGCGCGAGGAGGUGUGGAGGACAAGGCGAUCUUCUGUCUGGAUCUGCUGGUGUACUGGCACACUGGGCCCACGCCGCCUCUCAAGCGGGACUGAUCACGGGUGUGAAUCCGUCAGUGGUGGCAGCGAUGGGGGCUUCUUCGCUCACCAGACAGUGCAACAGACAAGCCUUCCAGCGACACGGCAGAUCCACCACCACCUCGGACAUGAUCCUCGAGAUUGGGCCGGUCUUCAAAAACCUGUUUGAAAGAUGAAAUCCAACAUUGUAUAUACAAAAAAAAAAAAAAACUCCCAUGUGUUCAAUUCUUCAUUCUGUGCCCUCCAUUAUUACUUUCAGUCAAGUAUUUUAAUGAGUGGGUGGGGUUUUAGUGAAAAAUAAAAAGUACCCAAAGGCUGAGGAUGUGUGGACUAUACCUUUGUGGAUGUAAACAAACAACUUUCAACACUUUUGAGGUUUUUCCAAGUCUUCCAUGACAACAUAAAUGAUGGAGGGGAUGAAAAAUGAAUGUAGCUGUGAUUUUU